AUGAGGGUCAGCUCGCCCUUCAAAUCAUCACCCGUCAAGGUGAAAAAGUCGUGCGCCGAGGACUGCUUUGCGCAUUUACCAGAGACGCCGCAGAACCCGCCCCAAGCCCGCAAACGCUUCAGCCCCAUAAAAACAAAAACCUCGAAGAAGAAACCUCCCCAGCAACAACAACCUUCAUUGGAUGGACCAAGCCCAACGAAAGCAACCACAACAAAAUCACACCCCCGAUCCCGAAAGAGCAGCAGCUCCCACAAUAAACCCCUUCUGGGCCAACAAUCCCGGACGGCCUCGAGCUCGACUACCCACUGCCACCGGAUCAAUCUUCCAGAGAGCCUCUCAUUCACGCAGCAGCGCCGCACGCUGUGCACAGCAGAAGACGCUUUCGAGGCGGAGGACAACGAGGAGCCGUCGCCGUGCGUGGAGAUCGUCUCGCGGAAGGCGAAGGCCAAGAAGCUCGGGCUGGCGUCGCGGGUGAGGCGGAAAUUGCAGUUUACGACGGCGGCGUCGGCGAUGAGGACGUGGGGGUCGUCGCCGAAGAAGUAUAAGAGGGAGUCGACAGUGCGGAAGGGGUUUCAGCGGUUGGGGACUGCGGAGGGGUCGCCGGAGGAUGUGUUUCGGGAUUAUGAUUAUGAUUUGGAUUGUCGUGGGAGGGAAGGGGUGGUUUUGUUCCCCUGUCCAGAGGUCAGUAUAACUGUUAUAGCAGCGAUGAAAAUCCCAGCAGCGCUUGACCACACUGUCCGCUCGACUCCAAUUCUUCUUGAUCCGUUGAUUCAUGUCUACUUUACAGUGACGCAUGUUCGAGUUCAUUGGAAGUAA